GAUCGUUUCCUGGCCCUAUGCGACAGGUGCGGUCAUCAUGGCGCCCAGAACCGAGAAGCUGGACCCGGUUUGGGAUGACCUCGAUAGGACCAUGGGCCAAAUGUUCAUGAUGGGGUUCGAUGGGACCACAGUGACUCCACAUAUUCGAACAAUUAUCGAGGAGUUCAAGGUCGGCUCCAUUCUGCUUACUGCGAAGAAUUGUAAAUCCGCCGAACAGACUACAAAGCUUUGUUAUGAUUUGCAGAAGAUUGCCCAUGAAUCUGGACACCCGGUACCUCUAGCGAUUGGUCUUGACCAAGAGAAUGGCGGCGUCAAUAGCCUUUUCGAUGAGAUCUACAUCCGCCAAUACCCCAGCAACAUGGGUAUGGCAGCUGCAGGAUCGACCGAGCUGGCUUUCGAAGUAGCAAAAGCAACUGCGCAGGAAAUUGCUGCCUGUGGGAUCAACUGGAUAUUUGGGCCCUGUCUCGACGUCCUCACCAACGCACGGAAUCAGCCACUCGGAGUCAGAACAGCUGGCGAUGACCCCCAGGAAGUGGCUGCAUACGGCUGCGCGUUCAUGCAAGGCUACAAAGAAGCUGGGGUCGUGACACUGGGCAAGCACUUUCCAUCAUACGGCAAUCUCGAGUUCCUUGGGUCGACCCUUGAUGUCCCUAUCAUCACAGAGUCGCUGGAGCAGCUGAGUCUUAGCGCGUUGGUUCCUUAUAAGAAGGCCAUCGAAAAAGGACUCGACUCGAUGUUCGUCGGUGGCUGCGCCAUGUCCUCCGCAGGCCUGAAUGCCAUGCACGCCUGCCUCUCCGACCAGGUCAUUGAUGGACUUCUGCGAACCGAUCUACGGUUUGACGGUGUAGUCGUUUCGGAAUGUUUAGAGAUGGAGGCGCUCAGUCAUAACAUUGGCGUUGGAGGUGGUACAGUCAUGGCUGUCAACGCUGGCUGCGACGUUGUUCUUCUUUGCCGGUCGUUCGAAUUCCAGCAGGAAGGAAUGAAAGGACUGAAGACUGGAAUCGAAAACGAAGAUGUCUCCAAGUUGCGGGCAUACAACUCACUGAGGCGUGUACUCGCUCUGAAAGCAAAAUGCACAUCAUGGGAGAAGGCAUUAAAUCCUCCAGGAGUGAACUAUCUCGAGACCCUCCAGCCUUCACACACGGCGCUAUCCACAAAAGCGUAUAACAGCUCUAUCUCGGUUGUGCGCGACAAGAAUAGGCUCUUACCACUGACCAAUAUUUUGGAAAGCGAAGAAGAGCUGCUGCUACUGACUCCGUUAGUAAAGCCUUUAGCAGCGUCUGCCGCAUCGCGAGAGCUCUCUGAUGCUGCGGCUACGCACUCGCCUGAGCCUCAUGCCUGGGAACACAGCUCUUCCGUCAUGAGCGGAGAGCGAGUGUUCAGAGAACUGGGCAGGUCGUUGGCCAGGCAGCGGAACGGACGGGUGCUGCAUACUUCCUACACGGCCAACGGCGUUCGACCUGUGCAUGAAAAUCUCAUCAACCGCGCAAGCGCAAUCAUUGUGCUCACAGCAGAUGCCAAUCGCAACUUGUACCAAUCCGGGUUCACCAAACAUGUGUCGAUGAUCUGCAACAUGCAGUACACUACUGGCGGCGAGAAGCGCGAGAAGCCGCUGAUUGUAGUGGCUGUCAGUUCGCCAUACGACUUCGCAAUGGAUACCUCGAUUGGCACGUACAUCUGCACGUACGACUUCACUGAGACGGCGCUCAACUCGUUGGUGAGGGUCUUAUAUGGUGAGCUCUCACCGACAGGCACGCUACCUGGGACAAUCAGCAAGAGUCAGAAGCUGCAUCCUUCGAGACAGCAUUGGCUGGUCGAAAUCUUCAACGAGGACCGAGAUUCUAAUGCUCUCGACGCUCUUAUCAACGUAGUCAUGGAAGGUGCAGCACCGAAUCAGCGAUCAGAACUGUCAAGCGCGACUUCCAGUUCUUUUAUCCUACAUCAUCCUGAAGUUGAGGAGUCACACUUCGUGGUAAGGAACAGCAGCACACAAGCCUUGUACGGAUUCUGUUCCACCUACUUCUUCAAGUCAACAGGUACUGGAGUCAUCAGUGCGCUUUUCGUCGAUCCUGCUCGGAGAAAACUGUCCAUUGGUCACUCGCUACACAAUCGAGCCAUCCGGACGCUCUUGCAGAAAGAAGGCAUCAAGCGAUUCCAGUUAGGAUCUCGAUUGCCAAGUGUGUACCUUGGAAUCCCUACGGGUCAUGGUCCUGAGCGAAAACGCCUACGAUCAUGGUUCGCCAACCUUGGUUGGAACGCAGCCCUCUCACGUCCAAUUUGCAGCAUGGUCGCUCGGAACCUGCAGGCCUGGACUCCUCCCGAAGGAAUGGCGAAGAGCUUAGCUAGCGCUGGAGCCCAAUUUGACCUGAUAUACGGCUGGGAGUACGCAGGGCCCAUCUUGGACCACAUCAAGACCAGCAAUCGACAAGGUCUGGCCGAGGUGUACAAGCUGGCGCUUCAAGACCCUCAGGCUUGCGGCAUUAUCCGUGCCAAACGUCCAGAGGACGGAGCUCUCGUAGGCACUGUGGUGCUUUACAACCAGCAUUCACGACUCUCCGAAUAUAUACCGCCUCUCAAAGACCUCAACGAAGCAGCAGGUGGUAUUUCUUCCCCGGUCAUAUCACCCGGUGCCGGAGAGUACUCAACACUACUCCAAGGGCUCAUCCUACUUGGAAUGCGACAGAUCAGACAGCAAGGCUGUAACGCCUGCCUGCUAGACUAUAUGGAUGGCGACGGAAACUUUGACGGCUUCUCUACGAUGGGUUUCGACGUAAUGCAUAAUUUUGAGGAGGUAUCAUGCGAUGCAGCAACGUGGACUACGAUACCCCCUGCUUGAGUCUCCUACGACAUUGGUUCAAGGCGUUUUGAUAUUUAGUGGCGGCCAGUAACACAAGGCUUGUUCGAAUAAGCGACUGAUUGGGGCAUACCCGGGCGUCUAGGCGUUGCACUGUAGUACACACAUGCAAUGUAUCAAAGCUGAAUAGUUGGUGAUUGCUGCUUCAAUUGACGGCUAUUGAUGAUCUCCU